AACAAAUAGGAAGGAAAAGCAAUUGUUUACUUGUAAAAAUACUGAAUGUUAAAACAAAAUGAAAAUAAUUUGUUCCGUGACAGAUAGGAAACCGUUCGUUGCCUGUGGUUUCUGUGGUGUGAUGAUCUCGUCUGUAAUUGGUUACAUCACGAUAUUUGCUGAUAUUUUUUUGUAGAACAAGGGGAUUCGAUUUGUGUGAACUAACGAUUGAACCUUCGAACUACUAUCUACUACCUACGAUCAGGCGUAACUACCGAUUUCGAUCGUUACAAAAAGUUUGAAAACUCGCGCGCCAAACCGUCGCGUACGUAGGCCCGGCACAUCGGCUUUGUAAUUUAUUUCAAAAUCGCUCAAACCUGUAUUCUUCACUAUUAUAGCAAAUACUGUAAACAAAUAGGAAGGAAAAGCAAUUGUUUACUUGUAAAAAUACUGAAUGUUAAAACAAAAUGAAAAUAAUUUGUUCCGUGACAGAUAGGAAACCGUUCGUUGCCUGUGGUUUCUGUGGUGUGAUGAUCUCGUCUGUAAUUGGUUACAUCACAAUAAACAUUCCAGACAUAUUUUAGGUGUUCACGCCAAUAUGAUCACCGCUGUAAAAGAACCGUAUAAAGGAAAAGAUCUGUCGGCUAGGUGAGUUUUACUGACUGGUUUUCAGAAGUCUCAUCUCCCAACCGCUUGAUUUACUCACUAGAGGAAAGAAAGGAAAUAUCAUGCUGCUAGCUGUGUGCUUGUUAUCUGCUGUUUGACCUCAAAUGGCUACCACGCAGACUGCGCUUUAUCAACGACCCGAUUGUUGAAGACAAAUGUUUGGUCUUGCUGGUUAUAGACGUUAUAAAGCCGCCAGAAACUUACUUUAAUAACUGAUUGCAGCUUUCUUUUAGAUCUUCGAAGUUCACCUCUUCUUUCCACGCUACCAGCGUUCUUUUGUAUGCGUCGCUGGAUCCAAUUUGAGAGCCAACAAAGUGUUUUAAAUUUUUGUCAGACAAACAUUGCAAGUUGCGACGUCCAGCACGCUUCCUUCAGCAAACGACGUAACAGAUUUAUGCUGGAUUUUAGAUAAAAAGCCACGCAUCGCUGCAACUUUGUUCUUUCAACGGACGACUGCAUUUGAACUUUUUUAUAUAAUACGUACCUUCACUUCAGAUUUCUUGUUUUGGAAAACAAAAGCUAAAAAUAAGUGUCUCGCGGCCAGACUUAUUUGACAGCUUGUCAUUCACAGUUGCUUUAUUUUUUGCAUACAUAACUAGUAGGCGGGAUGGCCAAAACAAUGGUCUCCUGGGAGGCUUUUCCUCCCCUCCCUCGUCGCGCUACCCAGCCCGCGCGUUUCUCUGGCGCCUAAAACUCCCCAAACACCUGCCACGCAGGCUAGCAAGCUAUGAAAGCUAUAUGUCUGUCUUAGAGUGUUUUGUAAUUAAGAAAUGGUAAACGUGCAGCGAGCAACCAUGGAGUUAUGGAUGCACGUGGGAGGUUGCUAAGCACGAAAGAAGCGUAAGAGUCGCACGGGGCCAUAGCCGAGUGCGACUCUAGCUUCCUGAGUGCUUAGCAAACCUCCCAAGUUCAUCCAUAACUCCAUGGUUGCACAGCUGCAACGUUUACCAUUUCUUUUAUAACAUAAUCAAAAGAGAAAAUUAUUAUUUUCCAUUUGCCUUCGGUUGAGUCAUCGGUCCGAGUUCAUGUAUGCUGCCAUUUGCCCGCCCUUUUGAGUUUUUCUUUCGCUGAAUCCACCGUUCGCCGUCUUCAGGUAAAUUGCAAAACGUUUUUCGUUGUUAUUCUGAAUGGCAUCUGUCUACUUGCUCUUAAUAUUAGGGUAAAAACUUUGAGGGAAAACUAUAGCUGCAACUAUAAACACCAACUAAAAAGACUCUAAAAAAUAAGCUAAAACUAGUAAUAAAUGAAAUAAUUAUUAGGCUUAUUUAUGGGACAAUUUUUGAAAGAAACGUAAAGUAGAAAUGAGAAAAUUUGACUGUAAUUCCUUUAGAAUAACAGGUAACACUAAUUUUAAAAAGAAAUUAACUAGCUUUGUAUCGAAAUCUGUCUGGGGAAAUCCAGCUAUGAAAGUCAAAGUCAGUUACAGCUGAAAUUCGCCGACACACAGCCGGCGCUGAAGCUGUUGUUUUUCGGCCGUUCUCUGAACGACUGUUAUGAAUGAACUCUGAGGAACAAAAUAAUACACACAGAAGUUAUCUUUUGAAAAAUUUAUUUGAAAACCCAAAUGUUUCUGUACUCAAAUGAAAUUCGCUUAUUCCAGUAUAAUGUGCCUGUUUAAACUCAACUAAAAUUUUUAAUCGACGCGAUUAAAACUUCACAACAAACUGCCGUCUCGAAUUUGAGCGUGUUUCCUAAAAUUUUUGCUUGAAUUUAGAAUCAGCUUGACCAAAAAGUCAAUAACACAAUGCUAAUUGAUAAAUUUACAUUUCAAACAGACUUUCUCUUCUAUAAAAAACACGCAAAAUGUACCUUAAAUCUUUGCUCGCUCGAUUUUCCUUCAGCCGAUUUUAGCCGCGAGGAAAACAGUGAUUAUUCAUUUAGGGCAAAUUUGUCGCUUGAUCUUUUGUCUUUUUUCUUUCAAAACGACAGCUUAGUAUUUUCUUCAACUUCCACUUUUCAUCUAUGCAUUUCAUCGGUGUAUUUUACCGUCAGGAAAGGAGAUUUUUGUUGAAUUUGCCUAAAUUUUACCGCGCUAGCUCAGUUUCUUUGCGUGCAUCCAUGGGCAAAUGAUAGUGGCCAACUGACCAAUCAGAGCGCGCGAUCUACUUUUGUUAUGUUAUAAUAGGUGAUUUUCUUGUAGGAGACCCUCCACCAGUUAUUUUUUUCGGCAUUUAUUAGUAAAAGAUGUGUUUUUUUGUUACAAAUAAAACACGCGUAGUAAAAUUUCCAUUUCCGGCACUUUUAGUACGUCCUGAAAACUGGAAAGCACAGUACGUAACUGGUUGUUCGGAAGAAGGCUUUUCUUUUUCUUUUUGAUUUUUAUUUAGAAAAUUACUGUUGCGAUCCGUUCACUAAGAAUCUCUGCUGAUGCGGUUACAUUUCGAAAACAAUAUUUUUGUGGUCUCGCAUUCGGCCUUUUGCUUUUAAUCACCUGGAGACUUUGGUUUGGUUUUAGUUUGAUUAUUUCACGUCGUAUAGUUAAAAAGAAACGUUUCGGUGUGGCCCACACAAUGUAAAUAAAUUUGAGUAAAGUGGCCUAGUGUUCUGAAGUUGCUCUGUUUGAAAAGACAUUUGUAAUUUUUACAAUAAAAUCGAUGAUGAAUUACAGAGGUUUCGGUUAUCGUUACAGGAGACAAAAGCAUAUUUUGAUUGUGUUAAUUGCUCCUGUAGGAAUAAAAUGUCAUAUGAGUUAGCGAGAUUAACACAGGAUGACGUGCGAGUAAUAAGUUCCAGGGAUUUCUUAUAGUUUCCGAUCUUCGGGUCAACACUUCCUUAGUUUGUUUUAUAUUGCGCAAUCGGUCAAUUCAGAUGACCGUCGUGCACGUUUCCAAGGCUUGCGGGUCAUCAUGAGUACACACCACACGGCUUACCUCUGUCUCGUUUUCCUUUUAAUAAGCCCCGAAAACGCGCAGUGUUUUGACCUAAAUGGUUCUUUUCCAGUAUCUCGUUGUUGUUGUGUACUAUCUGGCCUUUGUCUGCUAAUUAUUCCCUUCAUAUUUUUGUAUUUAUUCAAAACAUUCGAAAAUAAUCCAAAAAUUCCCAAACAUUUAUUGUACCAAUAACUUCAACCCUACUGAGCCAUUUUGAGAUUUUAUGAAAUCUUAGCUAGAUUUGGAAGAAAAAAGGCGAAAGUAAGCGAAAACAAAGUCUUACAUAUAAAGAACGUUCACAAACACACCGACCAUUUGAAACCAUGGUUAGCACCAUUAGCUGUGGGUGAGUGAUCUCUCCCCCUACUACCACGCUGAAAGGCUCCAGUAUUUUGACAGCCAAAGAAGUAGAUAUUGCAAUAUGUAAACCAAACUGAAAAAAAAAAAGCUCAAAGAAAAACUCAGCUUCGAUGGAAAUCCGAAUAGCAAAGGCGCCCACUGUGUCGAAAGCAGACCAAAUGCAUUAACUAUUCGGUGCGAGGAAAUCAAACCCAGAGGCCUCUUUAGUCUGCGCAUAAAUCAUAUCAUAAUAAUGUGUUAUCAAGGAAAAAAAAAAAGGACUGUUGUUUUGUUGUUGCAGCUGUUCUUUUGCAAGAAACUAUGCUGGACAAGGCAAACCGUCCCAUGUGGACAUAGAUAGACAGAAUUUCUAGUUUGAAUUAUCUUGGACCUUUGUUUGAAUUAAUUACAGUAGAACUCCGUUAAUACGGUCACCAAUGCGUCAAAAGAACUUGAUUUGGCCGUGUUAACGGGGCAGGCUCAAAUUUCAUGACUUGAUGGCCGUAAUCACAAAUACACCGUACAGUUCGCAUUUCUUGAACAACUGUUCGCAUUGAUAAACAACCGGAAUGAAAUCACGUACAGUAGUUUGAAAAAAAAAACUACUUAAAAGAAAACUACUCCCUUCAGUAAAACAUAAAACACUUUUAAAAUUCGGCUAGAAAAUCGCAACAAGUGCACUUUAUGUGUACUGUAAUCUAAAAACAGUACAAAAACAGGCUCAGAGUACUGGGUCAAUAAAAUUGACAAGUCACAGGCAUUUUAAUUUUCUAAAUUUCGAACAAGUGGACGUAUUGACGGGGUGAAGCUAUAAGAGGUUCUACAGUUUGGGAUUUUAAAAUGUGGCUGUUGGCCGUAUUAACCGGGUGACCGCAUUAACGAGGGUUCUUUUAUAAGGACAUGUAUGGUCGUUUUGCAGGGCAGAAAAAAGUGGCCGUAAUAAUGAGGUGACCGCGUUACCGAGGUGGCCAUAGGGCGGGGUUCCACUGUACAAUGUAAAGUGCUCAAGUUACAUAGUAAAACUAUGAAAUAAUGAUUCUUGUUUCAGCAUGAUGACAGCUAUAACGGAUACCCUAAUUCCAUGUUAGAAACCUUUUUAAAGGAUAAUUUGAACUUCAGCACUGUUCAUACGAUAUGACUGACACGUGAAGUUUAACCAUAGUUCAUAGACUGCAAUGGUUAUAGGUCUCGUCAGACUUCUUUGUUAUAUGUGUUUUUUCGGUUUUUGGACUUUAAAGUGUACUAAAGGUUCAGUAGCAUGCAUUCCUGCCAUUUUGAACAAACUGACCAAUAGAAGCGUCUCUUUAAUUCAAUUAAUCACAAUUUGCGAACCAAAACUCAAAGAUUGCGCACUUUUAGGGAUCUCUUAACUUAAACCGUAACACCCUUGUUUUCAUUUCUUUUCUUUAUGCCGGCUUUUAUAACCACACUCUUCUAAUUAUGAUACAACUUACCAUCAAUACAAGCAACUUUAUCUUAGUACACAAUCAUGAUAAACGAGAUACGAUUGCCUUAAUCCUAAUCCUUACCGGUAAGCCUAUGUAACGAAUGACAGACGCAUGUGCAAAUUAAUUCGGAAAAUCCCUAAUGACCAUUGAGAGAAAGUCAUUUGAGGUCUUUUUAAAUAUAUUUUAGGGGUUUAUUACAUUUGGAACACCAUUUGUAGAUUUAACAAGGCCAUUGCACAGGUACCGAGUAGUGUGGUGCUUACAAGAUCGUACCUUGGAGGACACUAAAAAGGUGAGUUGAUAUACAAACUGUCCAAGUAAAACAUAAUAGAUAUUCCAAUUUAGAAGUUCGUUAACAUUGUCUUUCUAUUUAGUCACUUAAAACAUGGCAAAAAGGUAUUUUAGUUGCCUCGAACAAAAUUUGGAUCAAGUGAUUUAUAAAUUUGCACGUGGGUCUUAAAUAAUUGAACCUGUCUUGCAAGGAACUGAAUGUACAAGUAGAUUCAUCGGAAAAUGGUAUGACAGAUGGUCUGGGGUUAAUAAAAAAUAAACAACUGUAAUGUCGAUUUAAAAGUACUAACAUAAAAGUCAUUUUGUGACUCUAUUAAGGUCACCGUCAAGCAUUUAUUCCCGAAUUUCGAGGACAAUAUAAAACAGUUAUUACGAGAACUUUGUAAAGUAGUCUUGGUAAUGCCUAUAGGUGUAAAUGUGAUUUUAAAAAAGCAAUCGAAUUCUAUCACUACAGUCUUAGAAUUCGAUUGGCUACUUCUUUAACCAGCGUAAGGCUGCCUGGCGGAGUGUUCCUCAGAGCGCCUAGUGCGUCUGGUGUACUGCUCGUUAGUAAUCCAUGGGUGGAAACUUUACGCGUCAAGGGUAAAAAAUUAAAGCAGCUCCCGGGUGCCGAAGAUGAAGUAAAAAUGAUGGGAAAGAUACUACAGAUCGAGCCUCUCACUAGAGAAAACGCUUCAAAAGAUGAAGUGUUAAGCAGACUAAACUCAGUUUCUUUGGUAAACGUUGCAUCGCGUGGUCGUGCAGAAACCGGCGAAAUUCUUUUGUCUCCUAAUCCUGGCAGUUGCCAAUGACUCAAAGCGAAAGACUUUCUUUUGACGAUCGCAGAUGUGUUGAAUGCGAAAUUGAACGCCAAGCUUGUUGUCUUAGCUGCUGUCACAGUGGGCGAAGGACGAUCCAAGCUGAAGGCGUGGUUGGUAUUGCACGUUCUGUUAUUGCGUCAUGAUCACGGUGGGCGAUUAACGACAGCCACUUAAGAGUUUAUGAACAGUUUUACGAACAUUUGAUGACAGGGAAAAGUACAUGUAACUCGCUUCAUCAGGCCACGAAAUGGAUGCGGGAAUCUGAAAAGUUUUGUGCGGUGAAGAACUGGGCUUUCGGGUUCGUGCUGAUUGGAGAUGACGUGUCCUUAAAUUUUAACCCAAGUUAAAAAAUAGUAUGUUUUUAAAGAGAUAUAAGCAUUGCAAUUCGAAAAUGUAUGAAGCAUUGUUAAUUUAUAGUUACUGAUCGCUAACUAGAGGAAAAUCCAAAACCAUCGUUUGCGAGUAGCUGAUAAGGGGAAAAUUUGUAGACAUAUUUUUCUGUGAAUUUUCUGCAAACGUGAAUGAAAGGUUACUUUCCUUGAGCCAACAGCGCUCGCGUGUGCUUGUCUGAAACAGCGCUCGCGCAUGCUUUCAGAACAAAGAGAUUUAGAGUUAUGGUUACGGCAAACGGCAAGUUGAGAAUAUCUCAAAAUAGAAAAGAAGCUAAUGAAAACAGUCCCAGACAAUUCCUAUGGAUUAUAAUAAUGUGAAACUGAUCAUUUUUUGUACAACUACGGAACAGUGAAAGACAAGUAAAUGGAAAACUUCGUCACGUGGUACAAAUUCACGUUUGUCGUUUGCCCGGCGUAAACAGCAAGUCGGGCCAACCCUCAAGUAAUUGAAACAUCUGAUGACUUAUAAAUCAAAUAUAAAAGGUCUAUUUUAGGCAAUAAAAAUGAUUUAUUGGAAGUCGUUUGAUUGACAGAUUUCCAAUUGGGCCGAGUGGUGACAAAUGUAAUUAUAAUAAGUCCUAAGGCGGCCGAUGAUUUGAUAAAAAAUGUAAUAAAGCUCUCAAAUGUUGACCACAAAUGUAAUAGCUUGUAAUAAAAACCAUAUUCGAAAACAUAAUUAGAAGAGAUUUUACUACGAUCGUUAUGAGCGAUUUCCCGAAAUCGCUUGUGCAUGCGUAUACGUCAGGAAACACAAAAUCAAGUUUUCCUUUAAAUAAGCCCCGAAAACGCACCGAGAUUUAACUUACCUUGAGACACGAAAUUUUUGCGAGAGUUUAUUUUUGCGGAUCGGCGAUUUUUUUUGUAUUUAGAGGAAACUAAUUUUUACGAUUAGGACUGACUGAUUUUUCUUCCUGGGAAUAAAUUUUUGUAAUUUUCACAAAGUCCCAACCAAAUUAUUGAUAAUAUUUUCGUUUUUUUUUUAGUACGGUCCAAUGGAAAUACAGUAGAGCCCCGGUAACUCGAACUCUGAAGGGAAACGAAAAACAGUUCGAGUUAGCGGGGGUUCGAGUUAUCGGGGUCGAUUGAAAAAUUCAAUUCGCCAUGUUAUUAGAAUUGAUAGUUACUGAUUUCUCAGCACUUCAGUGUAUGGUGCGAUGCAAAUUUACUUAUUUCAUCAGAAAAGGUAACAUGAUUAGGCAUUUUUAGAUAAAACGUGAUCUAUUCGUUUCACUUAUAGUGUUUUUACCCUUUUACUGUAAGAAGAGCAAAUGGGAUGGGAUCCUUGUGGAGUUAAAAGAACCAGCAUUCGAGUUACUGGGAUAAAUUUCAGUGACUUUUUGAUCAAGGGAAAGGAAAUUUAGUUCGAGUUAGCGGGGAAUUCGAGUUAUCCGAGUUCGAGUUAACCCAGUAAAAAUGACUGGGAAGUGGGGUGAAAUCCAAGGGAAAUUGGACUCAGUUCGAGUUAGCGGGGUGUUCGAGUUAUGGGGGUUCUACUGUACAUAUUUUCAGACAGUACUAUAAUUCGGUGUACGUACCCUAUGUAAAACCGGUAAAACAGAUUACUCUUCUUUGUCAUUCAUUCCAAUCGUUUAGUUUUUAACAAAAAAAAGAGGUCUUAAUUGAACAAACUCGAUUUCUGAGUAUUCGUAUUCUUAACAAUUCAGAGGCCAACUCACAAAGGCGCCCACUGUUUUGGUAGAAAAGCAAAUACAGUAAGGAGAAUCAAACCCAGAGGCUUCUUUGACGCCUUUCGCUUUCUCAGCUCAUAAAUCAUAUCAUAAUAAUGUGUUAUUAAGGAAUUUGCUCAGUUCUAGAUUUGUAUAGAGCUUUCUAAUGUUGUUAUUGCAGGUGUCCCUCUUGCAGGUCACUAGCUUUGUUUAAAAUACGUGAUCUACUGAAAAAACAAUCGCUGUUGUUUUCUUACUGCAGCUGUUCUUUUGCAAGAAACUGUGCUGGGCAAUGAUAACCGUCCCAUGUGGACGUAGAUAGACAGAACUUCUAGUUUGAAUUAUCGUGGACCUUUGUUUGAAUUAAUUAAAGUGCUCAAGUUACAUCAUAAUAUACUAUGAAAGAAUGAUUUUUGUUUCAGCAUGAUGACAGCUACAACGGUACCCUGAUUCCGUGUAGGAUAAUACUUGUUGUGUAAACUUGAGGAUUGUUCAUACGAUGUGACUGACACUGUGCAUGGUGCAAUGGUUAUGGGUCUCGUCAGACUUCUUUGUUAUAUGUGUUUUAUCGGUUUUUGGACUUUAAAGUGUGCUGAACGUUCAGUAGCAUGAAUUCCCGCCAUUGAACAAACUGACCAAUGGAAACGUCUCUUAAAUUCAAUUAGUCACAAUUUGCGAACCAAAACUCAAAGAUUGGCAACUGUCAGGGAUCUCUUAACUUAAACUGUAGCACCGUUACGUCUUCUUGUAAUUAUGAUGCCACAUACUGUACAUACAAGCAACUUUUUCUUAGUACACAAAAAUGAUAAACAAAAUAUGAUUGCCAAAAUCCUGAUCCCUACUGGUAACCCUGUGGUAUGACUGACAGAUGCAAGUUCAAAUUAAGUCGGAAAAUCGCUUAUGAGCAUUGAGAGAAAGUCAUUUGAGGUCAUUUUUUAUUAAUUUAAGGGCUUUAUUACAUUUGUUACCCCAUUUGUAUCUUGAACAGGGCCAUUGCACAGAUACCGAUCUUGAGUAGUCUGGUGCUUACAAGAUCGUUCCCUGAAGGACACUAAAAAGGUGAGUUCAUAUACCAACUGUCCAAAUAAAACAUAAUUCCAAUUUAGACGUUCGUUAACAUGAUUGUCUUUACAUUAAGUCUCUUAAACGUCGCAGAAAGAAAUUUUAAUUGCCUAGAAGAAACUUAGUGGAGCAAGUGAUUAUUAAAUUUACACGGUCUUGAAUAAUAGAACCCUUCUUGCAAGGAACUGAACAAGUAGAUUCAUCGGCAAUAUAGUAUGACAGAUUGUCUAGGGUUAAUAAAAAAAAUAACUCGUGUCGACCUAAAAAAUACGAAUUAGAAGUCGUUUUGUGAGCUAAGGUAUUAAGGUCACCGUUAAGCCUUUAUUUCAGAAUUUCGAGGGAAAAAUAUAAAUUAAAACAGUUAUUCACUUCAGAGAGCUAUGUUUUGUAAAUAAAAUCGUGGCAUUUAGUAGUUCAACUUGUAUCAUGAAGAAAGUACAAAGAACUUAAUUCCUGGUUAAUGAAACACAAUAGAUAUAUAAUUAGGUACACGUUUUCGGGCCUUGAAACUCAGUCCAGUUUAAAUUAAGAUUAGGAUUGAAAGAGAUCAUUGCCGAAUUAGAAAAGAGAAACUGUUUCAAUAGUUUUGUCUUUUACCGAUAGCUUUAACUUCCAUUUAGUUCUUGGCUUACUUCCUUUUAAAACCAAUCAUUUCGUCAAAACAAAUGUUUUCUCUGAAGAUAAAGUUGCCAAGGAAAUGCACAGUUUUAGCCAAAUGUGAAUUCAAUCAUCUUUGUGUAAUAAUUUUGGUGAACUUAAAGUAAAUGUCAUAAGCACAAGUUUCUCCAGAUGCGUUUGUCAGAGUUUGUUUUGUUCAUGCUCAAUAUUUUCCAGUUGUGGUAGUGAAGAAUGAGAGUCGAACGCAGAUCAACAAAGCAAAUUGAGUAAACCUUUCAACGAUUAACAAACAGAUAAGUUGUAAAAUAAAAGGGACGCAAACGAAUACUUUUUCUAUGAUCUGUGACCGGUUUAAUUAAAUUUGAUUACGUUAUCUGGCAUAGAUUGGGAUUUACGACAACUUUUAGGUCUGCCGUGUUUUUAAUUAGUUAUUUCAAGAAAAGAAAAUUUUGAAUGAUCGGCCUUACUUAUGGAGUCGAUACACGAGUAACCCAGUAAGUGGCGCAUUCACUCGGAAACAAAAACAAAUUUUUGUUUAGAAUGAAAGGAAAAUUCAGAUUCUGCAUAAAGGGUAGCCGAGUCACCCUAUGAAGAAUUUCAAGUCCAUUUUGAGUUGCGAGUGUAAUUCUCUUGUCUUUCAUAUUCAAACAAAGUGCUCUACAUUUUAAGAAGCAAAUUUAAAACGCACAUUAAAUGUUAAAUAAAUCGAUAUCAUCUUAAAAGGGACGAUAACACAAAUAUUAGUUUAGCGUAAAGAUAGAAUUAAGAGUUCAUAAAACAUUUAAAUACAUAAAGUACACUGAAAGUAAUUAAACGAUAAACGCAUGAAGACCAAGCGUUAAAAUAUUAUCGCACGCAGGCAAUCAAUGCACUCACAGAAUUUGGCACAGCGAAUCAACAAAUUAAAUAUGAUAAAUUACAAAAUGUAAUGGUAAGGCAAAAUGUAAUAACUUUUAACCCAAAAUAUCGAGGGUGUCUGUAAAACUAGGAACAGGCCCGGAACACCCCACAACACCCCCGGAACACAUCUGGAACACCCCUGGGACAUUCUCAGGACCCCACGAACAACACUUGAUGGGGUGGAUCCCCGGAACACCUUUAAUUACCAAAACUAGGUCAAAAAAAAAAAAAUUCAAAAAACAAACAAAAAAUCAUCAAUGAAUCAAAAAAUAUUAUGAUUCUUGUCUUGUUUUCUCUGAUUUUGAUAUUUUGUCUUUGCUUAAAAAGAAACAUAUUUUUUGUUUCAGUGUUUCAUUUUCGUUUUUCAGCUGAUCUUUGAUGAAUUGGGCAGAUAUUUAGUGAAAAUAUUGUAAAUGCUUCAUGGGCCAUCCGCGUGGGUCUAAUCGAACUCUUUUCUUUUAUUUAGUUUAUUUUUUUUCUUGACUUUAUGAGGGCUCUUUGAGCUAUAUUUCAGACGAAAAGCUGGUAAGUUUUCUUAUAAAAGCCAACGGACUACUUUCUUAAAAUCUUCAAAAGUCGUUAAGUUGCGUGAAUUCGUCAAUCUGACCCAAUCUCCGUUUUCCAGUUACAGAUAAAAGAUGCUUAUUGAUUCAUUGAUGAUAUUUAAAGGGUUUUUUGGUUUUGUUAUUUUUUUUUGCCUAAUUUUUGUUAUUAAGGGUGUUGGGAGGGGGUUCUGUUCUGGAGUGUUACGGGCGUGUUCCUGGUUUUACGGAAACCUAAAAGAGAAUAACAUUUGGCACAAAAUGUAUCGAACGCGAGACAAUGCAUUAAUGCAAACGAAAUUACCAUUUUUUUUUUUUAUUUCGAGAGCCUUUGUAAUGGCUACAACGUCUCUUUUGAGUAAUUAAAGUAACUAAGUAAUUCAGUUAUCGAUUGCCAUAUGAUAAAACUUUGAAUGGACUGGAGUGGUAAAACAUGGACUAGAGUGAUAAAUCAUGGAGUGAUAAAACAUGGAGGAAUAAAACAUGGAGUGACAAAACAUGUAGAGUGAUAAAACAUGGAAUAAUGAAAUAAAAUACCGACAGCUCUCUCUUAAAUGACGCCUCUAUCUGACGGACACUUCGUGUUCGUUCCUGACUUUUUCAGUCAUAUUACUAUAAAUAAUAAUAGAAGGACAACGGACACUUAAGGAGCGCUUUUUUAGGGAAAAUACUUCAAACAGAAAUGUAGGAAAUGACCAUGGAAAUGUCAUGGUCAGCUCCUACAUUUGUUCCCCUGAAAAUAAAAAAGCGCUUCUCAAGUGUCCGGUGUCCGUCUAUGGAUUUACAGUAAUAUGACUGAAAAAGGCAGGAACGAACACGAAGUGUCCGUCGUUAAUAGAGAGUUGACUGUAUUUUAUUUCAUUAUUCCAUGUUUUAACACCCCAUGUUUUAUUACUCCAUGUUUUAUCACCCCAUGUUUUAUUACU